AUGUAUUAUCCUAUAAUAGCCUCUGAUUCCAACGAGCCAUCGCUUUCUUCAUUACCAAGAGACAUCGUUUGGAACUGCUUACUCCGCGUCCCACGGAGUAAUCACCUAAACAUCUCUUGUGUCUCCAAAACCCUUAGGUCCCUUGUUCUCUCGCCUGAGUUCCGAUCCCUCCUCCCCAAGGAUUCCAUUUAUGUCUCCUUCCUCGCUCCUCGUACUGCAAUGUCUACGAACUGCCAUUGGUUUACUCUCCGUCGCCUUCCCAUUGAGAACACAAAGAAGAUUCAGUAUCGAUUAUUCGCGGUCCCGAUUCCGUUCCCUUGUGAUGCUGGUCUCUUUCGUUCUUAUUACCCAACAAGUGUUGUGGUUGGGCCAGAGAUCUACUUUGUUGGCGGACCCUACUUCUUGAACCGCUCCUCGGAUCUCUGGAUUUUUGAUACUCGGUCUGGAAAGUUGACACAGGGACCAAGCAUGAAGGUUGCUCGCACGGGUGACUACCUCGUGGGAGUGGUCGAUGGGAAGAUAUACGUGAUUGGAGGAGCGUGUAAAGAUGAGGAGGAGAUACAAGUGGAGGUUUUUGAUCCGAUAUCGCGGAGUUGGAGUUUCCUAGGAGAGGAGAAAAUGAGAUCAUGCAUAUCUAGACAGUUCGCCGUGUCAAUGAAUCGGAAGGUUUAUAUGGUUGGUUAUAGUGCGUGCAUCUCUGCGUAUAACCCUAAUCUGAGUGAAGGUAGAAGAAUAUUGGAGAUGAUACCAAAAUCUAAGAAAAGAACAAGAGAUGAGAUGUUAAGUUGUGCAACAAGUGAUGGAGUGGUGUGUGUGUGUGUGGUAGAGAAUGUGAUGUAUGCUUGUUUUGCUUGGAGUGGGUUAAAGUGGUUUGACACUAAGCUAAAGGUAUGGAAAAAGUUGGUCAAGGUUGAUGGGAAGCCAGUGUAUGCCUUUUCUGUCUCUGCGAUGACGGAAUAUAAUGGAAUGCUAGCGGUUUUGUGGCCGCAAAGAAAGUUUGACUCCGAGGAGAAGAAGGAUGUUAUAUGUGGAUUCAUCUCUUUGUAUAAGGUUGGAGAAAGGAUUUGUGGCAAGAUCGAGUGGUCUGGUAUUGUGGCCACAGUCCCGAGUGACUUUAGGUCACUGCGUUGUUUAGUUGUUUCCGAUCAUCGAUGA